AUGCAUCUGGAGGAAAUAAAACGUGUUAGAAUAAUGACAAUACGGAUUAUUGAUGAAAUCGAAGAUCAUGCUCGAUAUUACACUGAAUUUAAGCAAAAAUGGGUUAAUAAACGCCGCCACAUAUUAUCAUUGAUUAAUACACCUGUUGAUGAUCUCAACGCGAUUUUAAAUGAAAAUAGCAUCAUUUCAUCGCAAGUUACUGACAAUGAAAAUCAUAAUAUUUCAAAACAACCAUCUUUAGCUGUUAAUGAUACCACUAAAUCGGCUGGUGAUUUGGAAUGCUGGUUUGUGAACUUAUUAAUCGAUUCAUCAUCGAUAUAUCCAAUGACAAGUUCAACUCUAAUGCAAAGACUUUCUAUGCAAAUUACACCCGAACAACUAGAACAGUUAAUUAAAAAAUAUUCUCGAAAAAAAUUAAUAACAAUCGAUUAUAAUGGUCAGACAGAUGAACAAUCAUCGAUUAAAAAUCUACGAAUAUUAUCAACUGACUAUAAGAAAUUACAACUAAAGCAACGUGACUUGAACGAACAGUAUGUCCACGGACAUCAUCGACGUUUUUCGAAUACAGCAGAUGAUCUUCCAUCAAAACGUUCAAAAUUAGAAAAUCCUGUAUCACCAUUAUCAAUUCCAUCUACAUUUUGUCAACAACAACACCCUGUUCCAUUGAUGGGUCUUCUUUCUACCUCUCAUUCACAAACCACGAAUAGUUCGUUUAAUUACCGUCGUGGUACUAUUCAAAUGCAAGCGCAAUCUCCACGUCAUUUAUAUAAUUUACUUUCACAACAAUCGGCGUUAGAACGUGAAACAGAUAAAACAAAUACAGAAAUGAAUAGUUUAUUAACAAAACAGACAGCGAUGGAAGUUAUGUUGUACGAACGAUUUCGAACAAAAGAUCGUAUCCAAGAAUAUUGUCAGUAUACCACACGAGAAGAAUGCCCAUUUGCUAAUCCAAUGAUAUUGUUUAUGCUAAAUAAUGAGAAUCAAUUUUCUCCACCUCUCGCGUCAUCUUCAUCCUCAUCCACUAAUAACAAUAUGACGACAACAACACCAAAUGAAAUAAAUAAUAAUAAUAAUGAUGAUGAGACAGAAUCAACUAAAGUUUUAGAUGACAAAUCAGACAUAAAACAAGAGAAAAUAACAGAGAAGGCAAAGGAGAAUGUGGGAGAUGAUGAUUCAGGAAAAAAGACGUCGGCAAAUACAGCGUUACCGAAUUCUGAACAGAAUGCGAAUAACUUAGUAAAUAAUGAGCAUCCGCAACCACUUCCUCCACCACCGCCGCCGCCGCCGCCACAGUCAUCCACAUUCAGACAUUAUCCUUAUCAUCGAAAUUACCAUCAUCGUCAUCCAUUGCCAUCUCAUCGCAAUGGCGGAGGUUAUUGUGGAAAAAUACAUUUUAAACGUCUUAUAAAAUCUCAUACAGAUGUUACAUUAGGCGAUUGUUCGUUUCUAAACACAUGUUUUCAUAUGGAAACAUGUAAAUAUAUUCAUUAUGAAAUCGAUAUGACUGAUGUUAAACCACAACAACAACAGACUAUUCCGCCAAGUAUCAAUACAAAUAAUGAACCAUAUUAUAAUCAACGAUAUCAUAAAAAUAUAAGUCAAACUAUUCCGAUUGUUGAACGAAUAAGUCCAAAUUCAAUUCCAUCUCAAUGGGUUCAAUGUGAUCUUCGAGAAUUGGAAAUGUCUGUGCUAGGAAAAUUUACUGUUAUAAUGGCUGAUCCACCUUGGGAUAUUCAUAUGGAACUCCCCUAUGGAACCAUGGCUGAUGAAGAGAUGCGUCGACUAAAUAUUCCAUGCCUUCAAGAUGAAGGCUAUAUUUUCCUAUGGGUAACUGGCCGUGCAAUGGAAUUAGGACGUGAAUGUUUGAGAAUAUGGGGAUAUGAACGUUGUGAUGAAUUAAUAUGGGUGAAAACAAAUCAACUACAACGAAUUAUUCGAACAGGACGCACAGGUCAUUGGUUAAAUCAUGGAAAAGAACAUUGCCUUGUCGGCGUUAAAGGAAAUCCUCCUGGUAUCAAUAUGGGAUUAGAUUGUGAUGUUAUCGUCGCUGAAGUUCGUGCCACUUCUAGAAAACCUGAUGAAGUCUAUGGUCUAAUUGAACGAUUAUCACCGAGAACAAGAAAAGUUGAAUUAUUUGGAAGACCACACAAUGUUCAACCCAACUGGAUCACUCUUGGAAACCAACUGGAUGGUGUUCGAUUAGUUGAACCUGAUGUAGUCAGACGAUUUCGUCAAAGAUAUCCGACAGGUUAUGCUAUGUCUAGUGGAACAACGACAACAACAGUAUCGACAUCACAACCGCAACAACAACUACAAUCUCUACCGAAUAAUACUAACACUGGUGGAAAUAGAUUAAUUUGA